AUGCCGCCACGAUUAAACAUCACGACUUUCACGCGAUCAAUUGCUUUCAGGCCGCAGCCUCGACUCCAGUGGCCCGCCCGAUCUGCUGCGCGAUGCACGCCGUCGCAAUGUCGCCUCUACUCCGAUGCGAAUGCAGCCGACCGAUCGAAGCGAGUUGAUGCGAAACCAAUGGAGCAUGUUUCCGAAGAGAAGGCCGCCGUGGCAGAGGCUAUGGGCGAGCAAGGCCCUGAUAUGAGUCAAGGUACACCGGUCGAGGAGGUUGUCAAGGGAGACAAGGCCGCGCAAGAGAAGUUGCCUAAAGUGAUGCAGGACAAGAUCAAGGCGCAGUCAAACUCAGCACCAAAGGGGUCACGGUCCUACUCGACGACGACGACACAAACGAGUGGAAGUGGCGGACUAGACAUGGGGCUCGUGGACUUGAAGUCUGUUGCGACCGUGCCGGAGACACCAGGCCUGAAAUUCCAAAUGCCGACACUUCCUCUCCCAAAGGACGGCCACGUCAAGCAUCGAUACGAUCCGGUAGUGGAGCAGGUCACCAAUCUGCUCAUGCGACACGGCGAAAAGAGCGUUGCUCAGCGGAACAUGGCACUAAUUCUCCAACACCUCCGAACAUCACCUAUCCCCACCAUCAACCCGCAAAAGCCGCUCCUUCCUGGCGCCCCUCCGCCAUCGCAUCUUCCCCUGAACCCCAUUCUUUACCUCACGCUCGCUAUUGACUCGGUCGCCCCCGUGAUGCGAAUCCGAAGCCAAAGGGGUGCUGCCGGUGGUGGUGUCGCUCUGCAGAUCCCGGUUCCCCUCGGGCAGAGGCAACGAAGGCGGGCAGCAGUCCAGUGGAUCAUGGGCGCUGCCUCGAAGCGAAGGAACAUGGGAAGUGGCAAGGGCAGCUUUGCGCAGCGGAUUGCACAAGAACUCAUUGCCGUGGUGCAGGGAACGAGCAGCAUCUGGGAGAGGCGGAAUGCGAUUCACAAGCUGGGCGUCGCUGCUCGGGCUAACAUUGUGCUGCCCCGGAAGAAGUAG